CAAAAACCUACAAACAUUGUACAGCAGAAAUAACGACAAUAGCCAUACGGCGUCUCGAACCAUGCUAGCUGCUCGAGAUCAAGAGAACAUUGUGCACGCACGUCAGACCGCAGCAGCAGGGAAGCCUCUGAAUCACACCAUCCGAAGCCUCCACCCGAAGACGCCAGGAAACUUGAAAACCCCUUUCCGAGCUUCCAAGAACGAUGAAAAUGCUCCAUUUACCUUCAAAGGACAACGAGGUCUGACCAAAGAUGGCCCGAGUAAAUUGGACCAGAGCUCAUUUGUUACACCUCUGGCACCGCGCAAUAGGGCACCCCUCGGAGCUAAAACUACCAACGCGAAAGCCCCUGCAUUCAAGACUCCUGCCGCUGCACCUUUGACAACCAAACCUGGCCGAAGCGCACAAAAACCCUCCACGGGCCGUCGAUCCGGCCGGUCCAAAAUCGUCGUGUCUAGGGCAGAGCCCGCAGAGGCCGACGUAUUGACAGAAAGACAAGAUGAGGAGGAUGAACCAGACUAUGGUUAUGCGCCACCUCCACCAGGUGCACUUCCAGACCCUCCAUUGGACUUCAGCCCUGAGGAAUUCCCUCCUCCACUGACCAGGGAAGAAUUGUCCAGAGAAAUCGCAGAGCUUUACGUGAAUUCGCCCAAAGAUGAGAAUGGCCUCUCUCUCCGUCUCAAAAAAGAGCGAGAAGAAUGGGAUCGACUCGAUGAGGAGAGAAUCAAGGAAACUUUACUAUACAAAGACAUGCCUGCCGAAUCCCCAAAUAAGCAGGUGGAUGCUAUGAUUGCAGCAGGACCAAAGAGGCAGAGACCCCAAUUAUCCAGGGUCGACACUAUGCAAGCCAAGUCAGCGGCAGAGGCACUCUCUGAGCCUCAGCCACGUUUGCCAUCUGCCGCCCUGAAGACGACCCAAGCCUCAGAGCAGAAGAGAAAGGGCAUUCUUCCGAGCACGAAGCCGAAGCCUUUGAGUACUUCAACAGCAUCUGUCCCAAGCCGGAGUACACACGCUGCUGUCUCUAAGAACACCAUUGGAUUUCCGAAAGCGAAGAAGCCGCCUUCCAUUAUUCCCAAAGGCACAGGAGUUGACAGGUCAGGGCCUAUUGCGGUAAAGAAACCGGCCAAGAUCGACCAAAGCAAGAUCCAUCCCAAGGAUUUCCGUGACCUGUAUGGAUCUCCACCUAUCGAAAGUGAUAUGUGGUUUCGCCUGAAGGAGUAUGAACUGCUUGAAAAGGACGGGUCCAUGGAUGCAGAUUUAGUGGACGACUUGUUCGAGCCGGAUUUCUUUCCUUUCGAAAAUUCUAAGCUGGAUGAUGAAGACUUUCAACUCCCCAUGCCAUAGUGAAGGGCCAAGCCGAAAAGGAAAUUGGUUUCUUCAUCCAUGUAUCUACGACUGUUAAUGAAUCACGAUAUUGAUACCCAAGCUGGAAACAUGCGGUGUAUUGGGCUGAGAGUCAGGAUCUUGAGUCUACCAUGACAGAUUCCCGAACAGCAUAUGGGAUCCGCUGUGCAAGUAUUUUAGUAAUGGCAGCUUGAAUAAUAUUUUAGGUCUUCCAGAG